CCCGCUCGUCAGCAGACUGCUCCUCUUCCUCUCUCUUCACCUGCACAGAAGACUCUGCAGAGCCUUCAGCUGACGCUCCGUCGAGCAGCUUCUCCUCCGGCAAAUGACUAGGAGGAAAAUUCAUAGACUUGCUAGAAUCGCUGCACCAAAGCACUUGACGUGUUGUUUGUGGCUUUCCUCUGCAGUUUUCCAAUAAGUCUGAAAAUACCAUCCUUAUCGUAAUAUCAAACUUGUUUUCUGUAACUUCUCGGCAUCAAUUGCAAUAAAUAAUCCAAGAGUAUCAGAAAUAACAAAAAGAGAAAAUGGACGAAUCAAAGGUGAAAUCAGAACUUAUCACUGAUAUUUGCUGUCGAGAGUGUGGAGAAAAUUACACAGAAUGGACAGAACUUUUGGAUCACCGGGAAAACGCCCACAAUUUAUACAGUUGCAAAUCCUGCGCGAAGGAAGAGACUUCUUUGGUAGAUUUCGAGUAUCAUCUGCAAAUUCACGGCGGACAAAAGCUCUUUAUGUGCAUAAUUUGUAAGGAGAACUUUUCAUUCCUCUCAGAACUGAAUGAUCAUCUGCCCAGUCACUUGAUUGACGAGGAAGAGGAGAAAUGCAUGCCAAUUACUGAAGAGUUCGUGGAAUCCAAAUUGGACUUCGAACUGGAUAUAAAGGAGGAGUCUGAGAAAGACGAGGAUUUCGAGCAAGAGAAUUUUGUGGAUGAGGACAAGGAUGAUGAGUCGGACGUUCAUGAAGAGAAAUCAGUCGUUCUUGAGUAUGUGAAGCCACAGAAGAUCUUCAGGUGUACAAUUUGCUCUCACACCUGCAAAACCAACACAAAUCUCAAGUUACACAUGAAGAAACACAGCGAAGAUCGUCCUUAUCAGUGUGCCAAAUGCAGCAAGAAGUAUAAAUACAUGUGCAGCCUGAGAUCGCACCUGCUGAUGGUACACGACAAGAACAAGCAGCGGACGGAAGUGUGUAAAAUCUGCGGUAAAGGAUUCUACAUGAAGGAGCGGCUGAAGACGCAUAUUCGCGACAGACACACUUCUGACGUGUCACGAUAUCCGUGUCAAGUUUGCGGCAGGACGUAUUCCACGAAGGCUGGCGUGGCUGUGCACAUGCAGAAGCACGACACGAAGAACAACCAUCAUCCAUGCCCGACGUGCGGAAAGGUCUUCAGCACGCAUAUCAAUAUGCACAAGCAUUACAAGAGACACGACGCCGUGAAGAAGUACUUCUGCGACUGGAAAGCCUGCACUUUCAGUUCUCUCGUGCGCUCAACACUCACGGCACAUCGGCGGAUUCACACGGGCGAGAAGCCCUUUCCAUGCGACUUCUGUGACAAGACCUUCAGCGUGAAGAGUUGCCUGAAACUCCACGUCGCACACACGCACAAUCCUGACUCGGUGCCCUGCAAGCAGUGCGAUAAGACUUUCCCAACGCAAUCCUCUCUGCGGAAUCACAUCCAGCGCGUUCACGCCGAACGGACGAUUCCCUGUCCAGUGUGCAACAAGAAGUUCGGAAACAACGGUGACCUGAAUAGGCACUUGAAAGACAGUCACUCGAUAAGGAAGCAGAAUAAGUAAGAUAAGUAAUUUAUAUGAAAUAAACUGUGAAUGAGAAUUCUGUGUUACCCAUGCUCAUCGCACUCAUCGUGUAAACAAACAAUCCCGUCUGAGAACUUUAAAUGUAGAACUGCUAGAAUGUCAGGGAAAUCAUUUCUGGUUAAUUUUCUGGCUGGGAUUUUAGAAAGCUGAGAUCUUGCAUGAGUAGAUUGUGAAGAUAUUUCUUUUUUCUGUGCUGAAUGGUGAUACAAAGAAUCAACAGCCUUAUCAUAAAAUG